UUAAAGAAGCCAACCGGUCACUCUGUUAGGGUGCUGGGGACUGAGAUUUGUAUCUGUAAGCAGGACGUCCACACGGCUUUGCUGGAAACCACCAGACACUGUGAGGACAUAGGUCACUUAAUUACAAAUCAUCAGACGGCAGAGCAGUGUCCGCAGGCGACUGAGCUUCAGCUUCCAGGCAGAAUGUGGUUCAUCUUAGGCCUGUAUUUUCUGCUUCAUACAAUUAACGCCCAAGAUGUCAUUUUUGGUCAAAAUAAAUACACAGAAUAUCAAGUGGGCAACAUGAGCUUGAUCCUCACGGUUCCUCAUGGAGGAUCCUUAACACCUAGUACGAUACCUGCUCGAGACGCUGGUUGCUGGGACAAGGUCGCUAAGACUUGCUUCUACACCCAUAACUGCCCCACAGGAGCCGUGAAGGAUUCAACUAAUUGCAAGGUGUCUACUGUCAAAGAUCUAUAUACAUUAGAAACCACACUGACUUUGGCAAAGGAGAUUUGUACCCUCACUGGUGGAUAUUGUCCUCACGUCGUAAUAAACCACCUGGCACGCUCCAGAUUGGAUGCUAACCGAGACAAGGAAGAAGCAGCCUUCGGUGUUUCCCAAGCAGAUCAAGCUUGGGAUGAAUUCAUGAAUUUUAUUGGUAUAGCAAAGUCACGUAUGUCUAGGGGCUUGCUUAUCGACAUCCAUGGACAUGGACAUCCCGAGCAGUGGAUUGAGUUGGGAUAUCUCAUAUCAAAAGCAAACUUAGACUCUGGGACAUUUUCGGCUUCUGACACCUCAAUAUAUUCUAUGUCAAAACAGCUGCCUGACGUUCCCUUUGGAACUUUGCUUAGGGGAAGCAGAAGUUUGGGCAGAUUCAUAGAGGCUCAGAAUAAUAACUAUGCUUGUGUUCCUUCCCCAACAAAUCCAGGACCCAAUGGGGGUAACUACUUUUCAGGCGGUUAUAUUACCAGCACACAUGGGUCUAAACUAAGGGGUGAAGUGGAUGCCAUCCAGAUUGAGCUGCCAAAAUGGAUCCGUGAAAGUAGUGAGCGGCCUAGAUUUGGCGUGGCUUUGGCCAAGGCAAUAACAAAUUUUUAUCAAUUAAGUUUUCACAAUUAAUUCCAUUGAUUUAUUACUUCAAAUACAUCUGUGACCAGAGAUGUUUGAAAUCUUUCCCAAUUGAGGGAUGGGUAUGGCCUAGAGUAAAUUUGGUAUUACAUUUGCCAUUGUCAUAUAUUCGCUAAAGUGCUAUCUUGCCAUGCAUGAACUUUACAGAAUAGAUCCCUUUUCCUCCCUAAACACUGUAACAGUAUUGCUGCUGAUACUUCUCUUGCCAAGCAUUGGAUUCCCUAAAAUGUAUCGGUCUAUUAAAUAGUGUACUCUGCAUCAUA